AUGAUUGGAGACCCACACAUUAGGACCUGGUUUGGGAAACAAUUUGAUUAUCAUGGUGAAUGUGAUCUUGUCCUGAUUGCUGCUCCAGGCUUUCAGGAUGGACUUGGCUUGCAUCUGCACGUGAGGACCAAGAUCCAGUUCAACACGUACUCCUACAUUGAAGCAGCUGCUCUCCAGAUUGGACAAGACGUCUUGGAAGUUGGCAGCUAUGGAGACUACUAUCUGAAUGGAGUCGAGUCAGCGGAAGUCAACAAGCCAUUUGCAUCAAGGCUGAAUGGAAGGAAGGAGGAGCCCGCAUCUUUGAGUGGCUUUCCAAUCCACUUUGAUGUUCCGGAAGAAAAGAAGAAACUCUUUUCUGUCAAGUUAAGUGCCAAUGAAGUCAUCCACAUCACUGUUUGGAAGCAGAUUGUGUCUGUGAAACUGGACCACAGCAAGGACUCUCAGUUUGCUGGAGCCACUGGUUUAAUGGGAGAUUAUGAUGCCGAUGGUCUCAUGCUGGCCAGAGAUGGAGGGGCAGUCAUGGAGAAUCCAAAUGAGUUUGGUCAGGAGUGGCAGGUCAGAGACUCAGAUCCUCAGCUGUUCUUGACGGCUAGGGAACCUCAGUAUCCUCAACAGUGCAAACUCCCCAGUGCUAGUAGCUAG